AAGCUCACUAAUUAAUAAUUCAUUUUCACUUGUUUGAAUCCUACAAAAACCAGUGUUCUGCAGUAAAUUAUAAGUGGGACUAUAUUUUACUUGCCCCAAAAUGUCAAACAGUUCGUCUGAGCCUCUUAUCGUAUUAUAAAUGUUGCUUUCUUGGUGCGUAAUGCCAAACAAACUUAACACAGUAAGUCCCCAGCUUUUGGGGCCUCAGCCUGGGAGAUAAUGUAUGGUUGUACUGUAACAGCUUCCUACUGUCAAGCUCCUGUUAUUGAUAGGAGAUGUGAUGUGUAAUGAAUAUGCAGAGGUGUGUUUAGAGUUAUGGAUGCGGCUCAGCAGAGAGGAGGGACCAACGCGUCGCCAUUUCUGUGGUUCAUCCAGAAGCCCUUCCCCCUGGUGCGUCUUCACCGGGAAACCAUCCGACUUUCAUUCAAUUCAGCGGGACGCAACUGGCUGUAUGCACGGUGCCGAAAUAUGGCCUCACCAAGGACAAUAACUAUUGUGGCCCUUUCCUUUGCCCUCGGUUUGUUUUUCGUCUUUAUGGGAACCAUUAAACUCACUCCGAGACUAAGCAAAGAUGCAUAUAGUGAAAUGAAAAGGGCAUACAAGAGCUAUGCCAAAGCACUGCCGGGCCUAAAGAAGAUCGGUAUCAGCUCAGUCCUGCUUCGUAAGAUCAUUGGCUCCCUGGAGGUGGGCUGCGGGGUGGUGCUCACCCUGGUGCCGGGCAGGCCGAAAGACGUGGCCAACUUCUUGCUGCUACUGGUCAUGCUGGCCGUCCUCUUCUUCCACCAGCUAGUAGGAGACCCCCUGAAGCGCUAUGCCCACGCUCUAGUCUUUGGCAUUCUGCUCACCUGCCGACUGCUCAUUGCUCGCCAGAGUGAUGACCGGCCGGAGAGGGAGGACAGCAGGGAAGAACAGCACAUCAAUGACCAGGAAAAGAAUAAGGUCAAGCAGUCUUAAGCUCCUCUUUCACUUUGGUCCAAGCCACACAGUGAAGGGAACCUGGUGCGCCGGUAUGGAUUGUAGUUAUUCAUAUUUGGAAGGAAACAGUCACUCCCAGUAAUAACACCUGUCACACACAUCCUCCGUCCCAUCCAGCUGGCUGACUGACAACUCUCACCUACUCCUCUGCACUCUUGUGAAACUGAGAACUCUUGUUCCAAACAUCCUCUACAUAACCGUGGACAAUCAUACCUGUGGAAACUCUGAUGAGCUCAGCUCAUUGUCGCACCAGUUGAUCCAUUUCCCCCUUUUUGUCCCUAUUUAUUUCAUUCCUAAAGUGUGUUAAAUGUGUUUUUGUGUUUUUUGUUUUAACUUGAGUAUGAAUUUCAUUUAGGCUACAAGUUGAUUUGAGAAUGCUUUUUUUCAUGGAAGAAUCUUUGUAGCUUGUUUUUCUAAUUUGUUUUUAUACUGUAGGUAGGAGAGACUGAUGAUUUAAAUAGUUCGAGCAUGUUUCAUUUGGUCAAGAGUAUAAAUCAUAAACCAAAAUGAGCACUGUUGAAAGAUUUUUGUACUAAUUAAAACUGGUAUUCAUUACAUAUCCACGUCUUAUGUUGGUGCAGUAUUAGAAAAGUAAUAUUUUACAAAGAAAAAAAUCAAUCCUAGGAAACUUCAUUUUUUCAUCUUGGUAAGUUUUUGCAGAACUGCGCAUGAAAUCCUUCUUCCCAAAGUAACAUAAGCUGAAAAUCCUCUUUCUCCUUUCAGUUCAGUUAGCACAGUGAAGUUUUUUAUCUGGGAAGGACAGCGGAUGCUGCCUCAGGUGUCUGCUGCAAGCUUGUACAGCAGAACAUCAACAAAAUAAUAAAAAAAAAAAAGUCUUUUUGCCUGUUACAAAUGGAUUUUUCCCUUUUGUAAUGCACAGUUAAAGUCGUAAACUUAUCCACUGUCUCUGUAACUUUUUGCUCAUCUGUUUGGUUUCUUUCUCUCUAAAGAUGUGAAAAGCUUUCCUCCUUCAGUUUUGGUUGGGGGAUCAGAUCUCAGUUGAAAAUGCUGUCAGUUCGUUUUGAGAAUCACAAUAUUUCUGUAAAUGAUAAACUUAAAAUAAAGAAUUGGAGGUGAGACUGAUUAAA